GGAUACCUGUGUUUUGAGUUGUGGGCUUUCGUCAAAAUGGCGACGUGUCUUUGAUAAAUAGCCGGUAAAUUUCCUAGGCUGUCAUGCGAAAAGAACUCUGUUUUACAUGCGUUUUGCCAGAUAAUAGGAAAAUAUGACUGAGAUUACAAAUAUGAGAAGAAGAUCCCACCCUAUGGAAGAAGACGAAAAUCAAGCGGCGAAUCCAUCGCCUCUCCAGAGCUCACUCAAAACGGUUUCCAGCGUCUUAUCGACAGCAACACUGCAGCGAAACCGAACGUUUUUAGUUUUGACAACUCAUUUUAAUGCUAUGAUGUACUCGAUCUGUUUCUGGAUACAAAUUGGUGUUUUACCGUAUUUAUCAAAGAAGCUUGGUGCAGACCCCAUGGUAUUUGGCUACCUACAGACAACUUUUGCAGUGGUACAACUAUGUGGUGGUCCAGUAUAUGGCAGAUUUGGUGACCUGUUUGGUAGUAAGGCAGCCCUUGGUCUUGCAUUUUCAGCAUCCGCUCUGAGUUAUGGGCUGCUCAGUGUGUCUACUUCUGUUCCUAUGCUAUUUUUCUCAAGGCUUCCUUCUGUUUUUAUGCAUGUUAUGCAAGGUUCUCAGAUGAUAAUCACAGAUAUUUCUUCCAAGGAAGACAGGGCAGGAGCCCUUGGAAAGCUAGGCGUGUCAUAUGCUGUUGGCAUGGUAGUUGGUCCAUUUCUUGGUGGGAUUAUGACCAAGCAUUAUGGAGGGCAGUUUGCUGCAAUGUGCUCUUGUGUUCUCUCAUUAAUAUCUGUUGCCAUGGUGAUGGUUUUCCUACCCACGAAAACUAAGCAUUUGUUUCAUGCUCCAGUAUCAGACAAAGGUGAUUCCGAGGCCUCCUCUACUAGUGUAUUUGAUGUCAAGAAAUUCCUAGAGCUGCUGAGAAUUCCUGCCGUUUUGUACUUGAUUUGCAUCAAGCUUGUGAGUGCUGUGCCUUUCGGGAUAUUCCAGUCAAUGUUUGCUAUCGUGUCGAUGGAAUACUUCAAGCUAGAUGCCCAGUACAAUGGGUUCGUCCUUUCUUAUGCCGGAACGCUUUCAAUUGUGGUGCAAGGAAUUGGAGUGGGAUACCUUUCGCACAGAUUUAAUGACACAGACCUUCUCAAAUGGUCAAUUGGUACGAUAGCAUUUGCUUAUGCUUGCAUGUUCAUGGUGACGACGAUCUAUCAGUUCUGCGCUGUUCUCAUACCGCUAGUAGCAGGAGGAACUAUCCUGACCAUCGUCACAACAUCCUCCAUGACAAAGGCCGUCCCAAUCAAGGACACGGGCACAGUCCUUGGACUUUCCAUGGCUUGUAACUCAUUGGUGAGAAGCGUUUCACCAACUUUAGGUGGUGUUUUGUUUCACAAGUAUGGAUGGCCUGUGUUUGGGGCAUUUGGAUUUGUCAUCAAUAGUGCUAUAGGGCUGUUUCUUUUGGUUUGGGGCAGAGAAUCGUUACACUAGAAUUUAAUGCUCGUGCAGAUAUAAACUGAAGUGACCACUCAAUUAAAUCACAUACAAAUAUCUCAGUAAACAGGCAGUAAAGCUGAAUGUACAUCAGUUCGGACAUUUUCUUAUUCUUAUGGUCAGCAGAACAAAGCUGAUGAUGGCAUAUUUUAUACUGGGUUUUGCUCCCACUGGGAAAGUAAAACUUAAAGCUCGAAUGUAAGGCCUAGUUUAAACGCCGUUCUUUUCAUGUACCGUCCCAAAUACAAAUGCAUGUAAAUGAAGCAAUUCGAUUGUUCUACGUUCAUUUGCAUUUGGAAUGGCACGUGAAAAGAACGGCGUUUAAAUUAGGCCUUAGAAUGUUCAGUAAUUCUUGCUGAACUACUAGAACAACGAAAUCGAAGAUGCGUUUGCGUUUAAAAAUCAAUUCCAAUUUAAUUUCAAUAAAAUCAGGAAAACAAUAUAGUCAGAGACCGAUAAAAAUAAACUAAGAACAUCAUUUCUACAGUAGCGAAUAGUAAGAGGAGUUGUGCAAACGUCCGCACGUCGCGGCGGUUUGGUAGAAACGGCUAAAAUUUAUCAGACAGAACGCAUUUUCACGUGCUGCUAUUGAAUUAUGAAUCAAAUUCCAUUGUUUUCUGUGUCGUCGUUGAUAAAGGUUCCUACUAUCAUAAAGUUACAACGAACCCUCCACUUUAUAAGAGCUUUGAAAGCACGGCAAUCCUGUGUAACAGUCAGUUUUUCUACUUCAGGGGUUUUCUCUUUAUGAAAAAGGAGACUGUAAUCAUUUUGUGCAGUAAUGAAAAUUUCUUGUUCGUUGUACGUUGAAUGCAUGUGUGUAUUUGUAAACUCUUAACAAUCCCAAAUAACUCUUGCAAAUUGUUAUAGGAUUUCUUAUAUAUAUUGUAUUCAAAAUUAUAAAUAUUUAUGCUACAAUAGCUCAGGUAAUAAGUUACAUGUGAAUAGAUAAUAUAGCAAAUAUCUAGACUAAAACUUUGUACAACACAUUUUAAGUUGAAUAAUAAAUAUUGAAAAAUUUGAAA